UUACUAGCCCAAACCUCUUUGGGAUAAAAAGGUAAAAGAAAUUACUGAAAAUCCAUUUUGUUGGUGAGAUCUCAGUUCACACUCAGUUAAUUGGCCUGUUUUGCAGGAUUUAACCUGGUGGCAUAAGAACCUUGAAAUAAAUCUCUUAGCUACGAUUAGAGAUGAAAGAGAGAUUAACAUGGGCAGGAGAGUUGAAGUCUUUUUCUGCAUCUCCACUGGUGAGUCAGUGUAAAGACAGAAGAACUACAGAGACAUCAGGAAAAGGGUACUUCAGUCUUUCUCAGGAUGCCUGAUCCAGGUAUUUUCUCCCCUGUACUCAUCAAGUUAUCCGUUUCGAGAUCCUGUUCAGUCCUGUGAAGCAGAUUUCUGCUGCAUGCCUUGGAUACAUGCUCCUAAAGAGCUUACAAGUUUUCCUUGACCUACACUUCUUUUCCUAAUGCUGAUCUGACUAUGGCUGUCCUCAAAGUAAAAUUCACCAAAACUAAGAGGGACAAAUUGGCUCAGAUCUUAUGGAUCCUCAACUGGGUAUCUGUAGUGAGCGGGAUCAUUCUCUUCAGUCUUGGCCUCUUCCUGAAAAUAGAGAUCAAGAAGCGCAAUGAAGUGAUGGCAAAAGGGGAUGUUAACUCUCUCCCCAACAUGCUGAUCUCUGUAGGGGUCAUAGCAUGUAUCAUCAACUUUCUGGGUGGCAAAAUCUGCUAUGACUGCUCGGAUGCCAACAAGUUCUCUCGAUGGAAACUAGUUAUGCUCCCAUACAUUGUAUGUACCUUCUGUUUCACCUUCUGCAUCCUGGUGGGUGCUCUCAUGUGCUAUACCAUGAGGAACGAGCUGGAAGAGUCUCUCUAUCUGGGACUGAGGGAUGCUAUUAAGUUCUAUAAGGACACAGACAUACCUGGACGAUGCUUCUUGAAGAAAAGAGUGGAUAUGUUACAAAUUGCAUUCCAGUGCUGUGGAAACAAUGGCUUUAGAGACUGGUUUGAAAUUCAGUGGGUAUCUCCUCGUUACCUGAAUAUGGCUUCCAAGGAAGUUCUGGACCGCCUAAAGAGCAAUGUUGAUGGCAAGUUCUUGGUGGAUGGAGUACCCUUCAGCUGCUGCAACCCAAGCUCCCCACGGCCCUGUAUCCAGUACCAGCUGACUAACAACAGUGCUCACUACAACUAUGAUUUUCUGACAGAGGAGCUCAACAUCUGGGUGAAGGGGUGCAGAGAGGCCCUGCUGGAUUACUACACAGCUAUUAUGAGAUCCAUUGGUAUUGCAGCGUUGCUUAUUUGGUUGUUUGAGCUCUCUGUACUUAUUGGUGUCCGGUACCUACAAACAGCCAUGAAGAACGUCCUUCUGCUAGGAGAUCUGGAGGGUGAAUCAGAUGGUUGGUUACUAGAAAACAGCUUUGUGGAAACUGCCAGAUACAACAUCAGUAUCAUUAAGAACCUCGGCAAAGCCAAUCAGAUCUCCACUGUCUCAGGCAUGAACGACCCCAACAUUGACGUUCAAAACACAAACUGUGGCAAAACCAAUGUUAUAACAAAAUCUAUCCCAGCAGCUAGCUAGGCAAGUCUUCAGAGAAACUGUAUCACAAGCUCUGACAUAUUACGGUCUUACAGAUACCGGACUUUUCACUAGUAGGCAAAAAAUGGUAGGAAAACUAGUAAGACAACUGAACAAACCAUGGACUGGUGACAGCUCCAAAAAAACUGAUACUUCUUUGGCUGGAUGUAUUUUUACACAUUCUUGUGAAAUCCCCGAUUUUCAACACUGCGCAAAAUAAACUUCUGGAAUUUUCUCCACUUUCUCUCCCUUGCUUAUGUACUUCUGUCAUGGUCUGAAUACGUCAGAAUAAUGAUUAUGCACAAGCAAAUGUUCCAGAUAAGAUGGGUCUACAUCUACUAACAUACAGAUUGGUCUCCUGUGUACCAACGUUUGUCAUUAACGUCAUUACAUCUAUAGAAAUCCCAGCAGCAGGAAAAUAAUAAUAAAAAAAAAUAUUACACCAAAUAAAAAGUUUCUUUAAAAAAGACAAAAACUCUGAAAUGAAAACUAUUAGUCCAAGUUAGGAUCGGGGAAAUUUUAGCCCAAUUCUACAUAUAUAUGACAGCCCUUCUAAGAGAACCUACUGGGUAGUGAAAUUGAGUUGAAGGCAAUGAAAAUUAGCAUAAGCUAUUCCAAAUUAUUUUUUUCCCCAGAAUAGUCUGGAGUAUUUCUUAAUUUUUCUCCAUCUAUAGUUCAGGGAAAGCCAGCUGCCGUACCUCCCUGGAAGUCAAUGGGUACUGCUGAAAGGAGUUCUCUGCUCAAGAAAACUAAUUGACAGCUCAUGCCAGGAUAUUUAAAAUUUGAAGUAACAUGUGAUAGCACAAUUUAAGAACAAGCAGACACUUCCCAUAAAAUAAACAGUAAUAAUCCUACGUGUUUAAAAGCUCUUCAAAAGUACUUACGUAGAUCCAGGGUCUGGAAAAUAAGGGAUUAUUUGGAACCAAUGAAGCCACAGACUGACAUAUCUCCAUCACAUUCCUAGUACAGAGCUCAGGAACUUUGUCAAAGCAUGAAGCGAGAGCCUUCUACACCCAAGACACAGAGAUACAGAAUGCCCUAGGACUGUAAAUUCAUCAUUACUAGCAAGCAGAAAAACAUAUCAAUACAGAACAGAGGAUAAAAGACCAAAUAAAAUAUUUUACUUGUUAUUGUUGUGAAUAAUGCAUUGUUUGAAUGUAAGUCUGGACAGCUUGUGCAAUUUUGAAUCAUAGAAUUAUUUAGAUUGGAAAAGACCUUGGAGAUCAUCAAGUCCAACCAUUAACCCAGGACUGCCAAGUCCAUCCCUACACCACGUCCCUAAGCACCGCAUCUACAUGUUCUUUAAACGCCUCCAGGGAUGGUGAUUCCACCACCUCCCUGGGCAGCCUGUUCCAAUGCUUGACCAUUCUUUCAGUGAAGAAAUUUUUCCUAAUAUCCAAUCUAAACCUCCCCUGGCUCAACUUGAGGCCAUUUCCUCUUGUCCUGUCACUAGUUACCUGGGAGAAGAGCCUGACCCCCACCUGCCUACAGCCUCUUGUCAGGUAGUUAUAGACAGCAAUAAAGAUCCCUCUUGUGUCUCCUUCAGGCUAAACCUCCCAGGCUAAGAUCAUUGCUUCCAACCGUUAACCCAGGAUUGCAAAGUCCACUACUGAACCAUGCCUCUAAGCGCCACAUCUACAAAUCUCUUAAAAUAUGUCCCAGGAUGGUGAUUAAACCACCUCCCUGGGCAGCCUGUUCCAGUGCUUGACAACCCUUUUGGUGAAGAAAUUUUCCCUAAUAUCCAAUCUAAACCUCUCCUACUGCAACUUGAAGCUGUUUCCUCUUGUCCUGUCACUUGUUAUCUGGGAGAAGAGACCUGCCCCCACCUGCCUACAGCCUCCUUUCAGGUAGUUGCAGAGAGUGAUAAGGUCCUGCCUGAGCCCCCUUUUCUCCAGAAUAAACAACCCCAGUUCCCUCAGCUGCUCCUCACAAGACUUGUGCUCCAGACCCUUCACCAGCUCUGUUGCCCUUCUCUGGACACGCUCCAGCACCUCAAUGUCCCUCU